ACAGCAUGCAAGCCGUGGCGUAUAUGCAGCAGCAAGAACGGAUCUUGCAAAUCAUCACAGUGCACAGCUGAUCAAUUGGAAAUUUUGCAUGGCUGUUCCGGCGACGGGUGUUGGUGCUGCGUCCCUAAAGUCUGCAGCCUACAAAGUAAAUGCAGCAUUAAGAACGGCGUCUGCAAGACAUCACAGUGUUCAGACAAUGAGCUGGAGAUCUCACAAGGAUGUACAGGCAUCGGGUGUUGGUGCUGUGCACCUAAAGUUUGCACACCAAUAGCUACGUGUAUUAGCAAGAACGGCUUCUGCAGGACAUCACAGUGUUUAGCUGAUGAAGUGUUGAUCCCACAAGGCUGUGCAGGGGACGGGUGUUGGUGCUGCGCCCCUAAAGUCUGCCUUCUACAGCGUAUAUGUAGCGAUAAGAAUGGUGUCUGCAGGACCUCGCAGUGUUCAGCUAACGAACUGGAGAUCACAAAAGGCUGUAUAGGCAACGGGUGUCGGUGCUGCGCUCCCAAAGUCUGCCGACCACAAAAUAAAUGCAGCAUUAGCAAUGGUGCGUGCGGAACAUCAAUGUGCUCAGUUGAUCAGCUGGACAUCCCUGAUGGUUGUAUAGGUGACGGGUGUAAGUGCUGCGCCCCUAAAGUGUGCAGCGCACAGAGUACAUGUAAAGUCAAGAACGGCUACUGCAAGACAUCCCAGUGUGCAGACUACGAGCGGGAGAUCACUAAUGGUUGCACAGGCAAAGGUUGCUACUGUUGCACCCUUAAAGUCUGCCAGCCACGAUCUACAUGCAACAAUAAUGAUGGUGUCUGCAAAACAUCACAAUGUUCAGAUGAUGAACUGGAGAUCGCAGACGCCUGCCUUGGCACCGGCUGUUUCUGCUGCGCCCCUAAAGUCUGCCUCCCACUAGGUAAAUGUAACGCUAAGAAUGGCAUCUGCGUGACAUCGCAGUGUACAGACAAUGAGCUGGAGAUCCCACAAGGCUGUGCAGGAGAUGGGUGUUGGUGCUGCGCCCCUAAAGUAUGCUACCCUCAAAACAUAUGUAGUUCUAAGCGAGGCUAUUGCAAAACCUCGAGCUGUUCAACUGAUGAACUGGAGAUUGAUAAAGGUUGCUCAGGCACUGGCUGUUGGUGCUGCACUCCCAAAGUGUGUGCGAUACAGCGUGUGUGUAGCACUCAGAAUGGCGUGUGCAGGAAGUCCCAGUGUUCUGCUAAUGAGCUUGAGAUCCCACAAGGCUGUACAGGCAGCGGGUGUUGGUGCUGCGCCCCUAAAGUCUGCCGGCCACAAGAUGUAUGUAGCAGUAAGAACGGCUUCUGCCGGACCUCACAGUGUCCAGCUACUGAGCUGGAGAUACCACAAGGCUGUACAGGGAGCGGGUGUUGGUGCUGCGCCCCUAAAGUCUGCAAGCCACAAGAUAAAUGUAAUAUUAAGAACGGCAUUUGCACAACAUCGCAGUGUGCAGUUUAUGAGUUGGAGAUCCCACAAGGCUGUACAGGCGACGGGUGUAGGUGCUGCGCCCCUAAAGUUUGCAAGCAAAAAAAUACAUGUGUAGCUCAGAAUGGUGCUUGCAAGACAACAAGCUGUUCCCCUCUGGAGCUGGAGAUCCCACAAGGCUGUGCAGGUGUCGGUUGUUGGUGUUGUGCACCUAAAGUCUGCCUCCCACAAGACAAAUGCAGUACAAAGAAUGGUGUCUGUCAAGCAUUCCAGUGUUCAGCUGAUGAGUUGGUGAUCCCACAAGGCUGUACAGGCGACGGGUGUUUGUGCUGCGCCCCUAAAGUCUGCAAGUCACUGCAAAUAUGCAAAACAAAGAACGGCAUCUGCAGGACUUCAAGUUGUUCAACUUAUGAGGUGGAAGUAGCGCUAGGCUGUAUAGGUGAUGGGUGUAGAUGCUGUGCCCCCAAAGAUUUUGCAACAAAAAUGAUGUCAUCCCAUGAGCAUCAUGGCCAUUAUGGUGACUGGCAUCACAUUGAAAAGAAUGCACAUAAUAAGACAUUAAAUGAGAAGAAAAUAAAAGAUUAGGUUCUAAGAACCAUAGCCCUACAAUGCCAAUAUUUCCAAAACUUGACAUGUGAACAGCGUGCACAUACAAUCAUGUGUGUCCUCCUGGGGUUGUUCCACUAAACAUUCUAGCAGGAAGUUUAAUGGAGAACUAAAUAAAAAAUUGUUGGAUUCUUUCAGAUACAGUACGUAGCAUUUUCUCAGGAUUAAUACAACAGAAAUGAAAAACAGAACAUUGUGUAUAAUGACACCCCAUUUUCUGGGCAUAGUCUUAGUAGAUCCACCUGUGAGACCAUGCUAAUCUUGCUUUGUUCCCUCAACAGAGCAUUUUGGGAUUUGAAAUCAAUGAGGAAAAUUUCUCUAAAAGAUUUGAGAUUUAGCUAUAACAUACACACCAAGAGCUAUUAUACACAAGAAGACUUCCUUCCAAGAAAUGCUUUUGAAAAAUUUUCAAAUGCCAAAACAAAAUCCAAAAAUUGCUAAACAUGCAAUCAAAAUAUUUCCUUCCCCCCUGCCCAUGUUCUUUCUUUAGACUCUCCUCUUCAAGCCUAAUGACAACCUAAUGUCGCAGUAGUAGUUACGGGGUGGGAGUUAGUGAAACAGGGGGUCCUAACUUGGCUGCAGACUUCCAGGGAAGAAAACCACAAGCACAAUGCACAUCCUGACCACACUGCCUCCAGGAUAGGCAGUAACCAGCUGAGUCUGGCAGUUAAUCUGAUAAAAUCCGAACCCAUAGGACAGGGCAACCAGAAAGACAGCACAAUUGGUCCAGAUGUUAAUUAGCAUAUAGGUUUCCCACUGUCAGAGAGAGAAUGCCUUUGAGGCUUCUUCAGGUCCCCUAAGCCCACAAUUAACCUUCUCUAGGAUGCAACCACAACUCCCAGGUACCCAUUUCCUGUGUGUCAAUCUGGCUCAUUAUCUUUCAUACAUAAUAUUUAAUAUAGGUGUGUGUGUAGCUAUUUUCAACUUGUGUGGUGGACAGGAAUAAAAUAUGUUUGUUAAAGAAGUUCUCAUUUGCCUGUAAUGAUGGUCCUUUAGUGAAAUUAAGUCAUGUAUCAUAAUAUUGAUACUACCUUGGACAAACAAGUAUUGGCCUAGAUUGGUUAGCAUCUAGGAUUCAUCUGUAAUGA